CAAUCCUCAAUGCACUUUUCCAUAACCAAUCACUCACCGGAAAACUCAAAAACACUCACUGGAAAAGCAAAAAAUUAGCGAAGGUUAUCGGAGAAAAUGGCGCUAAACGGUUUAAUUCUAUCGCUUAAAGUUGCGCUAAUUUCAAUUGGUGCAAUUUCGUUAGCGCUGUUAGCAAAAGCGUCUAUUCCAUUGGUUUUAUAUGAACUCCCAACAAUUUGGAGUGCUGUUGUUGUUUGGCUUAAGCCUCCGUAUCUCUACUUUGUUAUCAACGGUAUAAUCGUAAUCAUCGUUGCUACUUCUCGCUCGUCGAAUCAUAAGGAGUCCAGCUCCGGCGAUCAAUUUCAGACGUUGAUUACUGCUAGAACACCUCCACCGUCAGAUUUUAUAGCGAUUACACAACCUGCAGAGCUGGAACUUCAUACAGUUCAGAGUGAAAUGAAAGUGUUUGAGGCAGCUACUGUACCCGUGCACGAAACGAAGGUGUUUGAAGUUAAGCCAGUGCUGGUGAACGGCUCCGUCGUGGUUGUGAAUCACGAAGAUGAAGAUGUAAAUGAUGAGCCUGAUGAAAGCGAUGCGAUUGUUGAUUCGGAAUCUGCUGGGGCUCCGUUGCCGGAAACUGAAGCUAAAAAUGAGCUGCUUUUACUACCGGCGACGGAGAAACCUCUGGCUUCUUCCAGGUUCAGUAACCGGAAACCACCUGUGAAAAUGAAUCCAGAAGGGGUGAAGUCAUUGAAGGUGGCGAGGUCAAAAAAGCCGGAGACAUUAGAGAACACAUGGAAGAUGAUAACAGAGGGGCGUCACGUGCCACUCACGAGGCAUAUGAAGAAAUCAGAAACCUUCAACAACGGGCGUCACGUGCCGGUGGAGGACGACGUGGCUCAGGAGGAAAACGAGAAUUCCACCACCUUUCAGCUGCCGCAGCACCACGAACAGAGGCACGUGCUCAAGUCGGAGACGUUCAAGGAUCGGACUAACUACGAAUCGCCGGCGACGGUGAAGAUACUUAAGGAUCAGUCGCUGAGCUCCGACGAGUUGAAUCGGAAAGUGGAAGCGUUUAUUAAGAAGUUUAAUGAAGAUAUGAGAUUACAGAGACAACAGUCUAUGCAGCAGUACAUGGAGAUGAUUAACCGUGGAGUGUAAAUUAAUUAGUUUUAGUUAAAAAAAGAAAAAUUAACUUUUUUUAUCUUCUUUUCCAGAAAAAAAAAAAAGAUUUUUUCCUUUUAAAAGAAAAGGUUGACCAAAAAAAAAAAGAAAAAAAAAAAAGAAGGGAGAGGAAUUUUUAAUUUGGAUUUAGUUUUUUUAGGCUUUUGAAGUGACUUGGGUUUUGUUUGAUUUUAUAGGAAAUACUGUAGGAUGUAUAGGAGUACAAAGUGGGAAAUUAAUACUGUGAAUUGUUCUUUUAUUUGUCAUAAGUUUCUUAAAUGAAAAAAAAAAAAAAAUGAAUAUAGCA